AGCGCUCACGUUUUGUUUUGUUGUACUCACGUGUUUUUUUUUCGUGUGUUCUGUACGCGAGUGUAAUAAGUGCAGUUUGAAGUAACGUUGUUUAGUGUUUUAUGGAUGAUUGAAUAAAACUGUCAAUGUUUGCCAUUCAGUUAUCAGAACCUGCUAAGAAGGGUCGUAGGAGCCAUCAAGGGCAGGUAGAAAAAAACAAGGCUGUUUCACCAAAGCAACUGUCUCCAGGAAAAUCUAGAAGUAAUAAUGAAGAUGUGAUGGUUGCAGACAAAACAGGUAUGAUAAAAAAAGUCUCUGGUUAUGUAAAUGAUGGCGAGAAGCCCUCAACAUCCGGUAUGGGAACACAGAGAUUCAGUUUAGCUACUAAAAAGAUGGAAAGACGCAUUCCUAAAGAGUCUGGAGAGCUGUCAGAAUCUGAGGAAGAACUGAGACUCCAAAAGGUAGAUAUUAGAAAGGAGAAGAACCUCUCUACAAAAGCCAAUGAGAAGCCAGCAAAAUCUGGUGUGCAGCGGAGAGGGAAGAUGGAUGUUGAAAAGAAGGAGAUGGACCUUACAAAAAAUGUUGAGAAACAGUCAACAUCUGGUAUGAAAAAGAGGAGAGUGAAGGUAGAUAUUACACAGGAAGACACUGUUUUCAAAACAGUGAAGACAACUGCUAAAUCGGGCGAGAAACAAUUGACAUCUGGUGGAAAAAAGAGGAAAAUGAAAGAAGAUAAUAAACAGGAGGAGGCUUUCUUCAAAGCUGAUAGAAGGCCAUCAGUAUAUAGUAUGAGAAAGAGGAAGGCAGACGCUGAAGAAAUGGUUCAAUAUAAAGUUCAAACCCCAACAAAAAAGAAGAUGAAGGCGAAUGUACAAAAUAAAUUAGCAGGAAAAUCUAGAAGUAAUAAUAAAGAUGAGAAGAUUGCAGAGAAAACACAUGUGAUAAAUAAAGUCUCUAAUUGUGUAAAUGAUGGCGAGAAACCCUCAACAUCCAGUAUGGGAAAAUGCAGAGAGAAUUUAGCUAGUGAAAAGAUGGAGAGAGACUAUCCAGAAGAUUCUGAGGAGCUGUCAGAGUCUGAGGCAGAACUGAGGAUCCAAAAGGUAGAUAUUAGAAAGGAGAACAACCUCUCUACAAAAGCUUCUGAGAAGCCAUCAAACUCUGGCAUGCAGCUGAGAGGGAAGAUGGAUGUUGAAAAGGAGGAGAUGGACUUUACAAAAAAUGUUGAGAAGCAGUCAGCAUCUGGUAUGAAAAAGAUGAGAGAGAAGGUAGAUAUUACACAGGAAGGGAAUGUUUUCAAAACUGAGAAGAUAACUGCUAUAGCUGGCAAGAAACUGUUGACAUCUGGUGGAAAAAAAAGGCAAAAGAAAGAAGAAAAUAAACAGGAGAAGGCUGUCUUCAAAGGUAAUGGAAAGCCAUCAGUAUCUGGUAUGAGAAAGAGGAAGGCAGAAGCUGAAGAAAAGGUACAAUAUAAAGUUCAAACCCCGACAAAAAAGAAGAUGAAGGCGAAUGUACGAAAUAAAUAUGUGGGAGCACAUUUAUCAAUAGCAGGUGGCAUAUGGAAGAUCUUUGAUUUUGCAGAGUCUAUUGGUGCCAGAGCAAUUGGCUUAUUCCUUGGGUCACAACGCUCAUGGGAUAGAAAACCAAUAAAAGAAUCAGUUGUACAAAAGUUCCACAAGGAACGCAGGAAGCACAAAUUCCGUGCAGAUUUAAUUUUACCACAUGGCUCCUAUCUUUUGAACUGUGGUUCUCCCAAUCAAGUAACAUUUAAGAAGAGUUGCACAAUGCUAGUGGAUGAGUUGCACCGUUGUGAGCAGCUAGGUUUAAAAAUGUUCAACUUCCACCCAGGCUCUACACUGAAUGAAAUCUCAGUUCAAGAAUGUGUGAAGCGGAUCGCUUUUUGUAUCAACUAUGCCCAUGGGCAGACAAAGAGAGUAGUAACAGUGCUUGAAAACAUGAGCUGCCAAGGAAAUACAGUUGGGGGAAAGUUUGAAGAGCUGCAGCAGAUCAUAAGUCUAGUGAAGGAUAAAUCUCGUGUUGGCGUUUGUAUCGAUACCUGUCACGCUUUUGCAGCAGGAUAUGAUCUGUCAAGCAAAAGUGGUUUAUUCAGAAUGCUGGAUUACUUCAAUAGAGUUGUUGGUUUGAAAUACUUGAAAGCCAUACAUCUGAAUGACUCACAAGGUUUCACAGACAUGGAGAAGGGUCCUCAGAUACUGUCUGGUUGGGAAAGGGUAGAGGUGAGGAUGGCAGGGACAAGUCGUAUGUGCCCGGCUAAAUACCUGCUGGUCAUGGUCCUAAUGGUGAAGAAUAUGAAUUGUUCUGAAAAUUGGGCUGCCAUCUUGAUCGACAUGAAAAUAUUGGAAGGGGAUACAUUGGAUUGGAAGGUUUCAAGUAUGUUAUGAAUGAUCCUCUGCUAAAUGACAUCCCAAUGAUCCUGGAGACACCAUACAGUUCAUCUUAUGAUUGUGCUAUGGAAAUACAAACGCUGUACUCACUAUGCAAGUGAGAGGAAGCAUCAGCAGCAAGACAUUACUGGGCAGUUUGGAGCCGGAUGCUGAAGAUACCAGCAAGAUAUAUUCAGAUAAAAAAUGCUGAUGUAGUUAGAAGACCUUACUUCUGCCAUUUGGCUUUAUUGUGUUUUGUAUGUACAUAGUUUUAUAUGCGUGUAGGUGACAUUUUAAUAGGGACAGUAAUUUGCUUCUCAGUAACAUUUUAUUUUUCUAAACCAAGGGGGAUUUUGUAUAUUUUGCAUGAAACAAUAGUUUGUUAUGGAAUAUUUUACCUUAAAAGCCAGUAGUAAACGGUCUUUAAUCUAGCAUUUAAAAUAUGAUUGUGUAUGAAUGUUUCAUUUCAAAGGUUUGCUUUAAGUUAGCAAGUAAUGGUUUAUUUUAAUAAUUGUUAAAAGAUUGUUUCUGCCACUUUGAAGCCUGCCUGUUGCUGCUGCUGUAAUUUUUGAAGUGUUAAUUACUGCAGUCCUGUUUUAGGCAUUUUCGGCUUUUGAAUCUUCCAUUUUACUAGUGCUGAAAAGCAUAUUAAGCAUCUAGAACAUACAUCUCAAAGUGAAUUUGCUGUUUUAAUGAGAUGAUACCAUAGUUAAAGCAAGUCAGAUUCAAGCUGGAAAUAGAUGCAGUAACACAUUGCGUUAUUUAUGUGUCUAUGUUAUAUCUUCCAGUAUACCAUCUAAGAGGAUAAGAGCACAGAAGAUGGAAACGUAAAGGGGUAGGAUUGUUGGGCAGAAAAGUAACACUAUAUUACUUACAUGGAUUUGUUACAUCUUCCCAUGUGUCAUCUAAGAGCAUAAGAGUAUUGAAGAUGUAAAAGUAAAGGGAUAAGAGUGUUACUCUAAAAAGUAACACUGUCUUUGUGAAAGAUUCUACUCUGCUUAAAGUUGAUCUUGGCUUUCUUAGUGAAAUCCUGUAGCUUUUGACAAGUCACCUUCAUCCUUUCCCUUUCUAUGACCACACUAAACCCGCAAGAAUAGUAGUGACAGCAUUAAUGUGUACACGGAACUCCAGUGGUGUCAGAACAAAAUUUGAAAUGCAGACUAUUUCACUGCUUCCAGUACAUCUUCAGAAUUUCUGUAUUUGUUGUAUAAAGUCGGUCUCAAUAAUGCAAUAUAGUUAAGUUAAAGUUGUCAAGUUGCAGUAUUUCAAGGGGAGUCAUUGUGUUAAGGGAAGCUUUGCUAGUGUGCAAAAUAGUCAAUAAAUGUCAUCUUAUUGUCUCAUUGCUUACAACUACUGCAUGUGACGUACUAGAUGGUCAUCAUCAGGGAAUACCAAUUGUUGAAAAAAUACAGUUUAGAAAUGUAUCUGUUGCUGUAUGUAAUGCCAUUAUUGUAAUAGUUGUUCCUAAAUGCUGUUGAAUUUUCAUCUGUGUGCUUUUUUUGUAAUUGUAGGUUAAAUGUUAAAAUAAACUACCCUAAGGAUUUAAUGCCUUUACUGUAGAUGCAGAGUUAUUUUACCACUGUAACAUGGUUUUUAAUUCAUGCUUGUUUUCUUAUAUUUUUUUAACUUUAAAAUGUAAAAUGUGUGGUUCAAAUAAACAAUUCCCUACCAUCAAA